ACACACCUUCCCAAUAAAAGGCCAUCAAAACCUAGGAGGUGCAUAAUAGUAUCUUUACAAACCUUGUUUUGCUAUUUUGGAAGUUCUCUAUAUAGUUUCAAGUAUGGCUACUUUAAAGCCAAUAGCUCUUGUUUUAUUUCUUUGUAUGCUAGUUGCGGUGUCCGAAAGUCGGGUAGCAAGGAAGGACUUAGGGUUGGACCUUGGUGGUAUUGGAGUAGGUAUUGGUGCAGGAAUAGGCAUAGGGUUAGGAGGUGGGGGUGGUGCUGGCUCUGGCUCGGGCUCGGGCUCGGGCUCCGGUUCUGGGUCUAGCUCAGGUUCAGGAUCUGGUUCUGGAUCAGGAUCUGGUUCAGGCUCAGGCUCAGGAGCAGGUUCAUACGCAGGGUCUCAUGCUGGUUCAAGCUCUGGCUCAGGUGCAGGUUCAGAAGCAGGAUCAUAUGCUGGAUCUCAUGCUGGAUCAGGAUCAAGUGGUAAUGGCAGAUCAAACCAAGGUUCUGGACAUGGGUCUGGCUCAGGUCAUGGUGAGGGGUCUGGCAAAGGAAGCGGAUCUGGUUAUGGUGAAGGUGGAGGGUAUGGAUCUGGAUAUGGUGAUGGACAUGGAAAAUAGACAAUAUUGCUUGUCUUGUCAAAGCGAGAAAAGAAAUUAAGGGAAGAAAAACUUUCAAUAUAUGGUGAACCCCUGCAUGCCUCAAAGUAAUUUCCUUCUUAUCCUAUAUAUGGUGCUCUAGCUAGGGUUUCUUUAAAUAAUAUGGGUUGUGUUGUCUACUCUUGUUUUUGUCGAUCCAUUUUUAUAUAUAUCCAAAACAACAAUAUAUUCUCUA